CGUAAUGCCUAAUGCCCUAUCUUCUCUGUGGCCAACAAUGAUCAAAUCCACCCACCCCACCCCAAUGAAAAAAUAGACCAUUCCAAGCUUUUACUUGUUAAACAAAUGUUUAAACAACUCUGUUCAAUUAGGAUGUUUUGAGUUUUAAACCCACAAGAUUCCCUCUCACCCACCAGAGGGAAUUAUGAUACCUUAAGCAAAAGUUUCAACAAAAUACCACAAUACCUCCUUCUCGUAAAACCAUUAUAUAUAUAUAUAUGUUAUACAACUGACAGAUACUGAAACUUCUUAUGACUAUGUAUGGGAAUUUAUAUAAAGUGACGUCCUGCUAUGUCAGAAAGCUUAAAAGUGGAAUUGAUUUCUUAGGAAAACGCUAUAGAAAUAUUGCAGACGUCUAUUUUCAGUUUCAGCGACAUGAAUCAUUUUCAGGGAGUAGUUACAAAUUUAAUGCAUUCAAGAAAAAUGCUUUUACAAAACAUGCAACAGUUGGAUUCGGGUCUAUCAGUUUGGUUAUAGGUCUUUGGGCAUUACGGAACAAGAUCCCGAGCUCUGAUUAUUUUGUUUUGCACGCAAAACAGAACGUGCAUUUACCAUUGGAUAACUCAAAAGGACAAAAGUUAGAACAACAGCUAACCUCAAGAGAAAAGCGUUUUGUUAAGUUUGCUUCAGUGGAGUAUCGAGGGCAGAUAUACAUGACACCACAGGAUUUUUUAGAGUCAGUUACAGAAACUGAACCAAGGCCUCGAUUAAGAAGGCGACGACUUACACAGAAAGACCUGGAAUAUAUCCAGGAAGUGACACCUUCAAGGAAUAAAGGAAACACCAAACUAUUCAGAUCUCUUCAUGAUAUUGGUAUCAUAUCCUACACUGAAUAUCUGUUCCUUCUUUCUGUGCUAACUAAACCACAAUCGGGCUUUCACAUAGCCUUCAACAUGUUUGACACAGAUGGUAAUAAGAAAGUGGACAAGAAGGAAUUUUUGGUUGUUCAGCAUGUUGUAGUGUCAUCUUUAUUUAGGAGAACUUCAGGAAAACUUGGGCUAUAUACAGGGGUCCAGCCAAAACUUUUGGAGCAAAUAUUUAGCAAAGUAGCUCGAAAUACCCUCAAGAAAACUGAAGAGAAAACAAACAAUUCCCAGUUGGUGUUGUACUCUGAUUUGCAGGAUGUAUCAGAUGAUUCCUUGGCAUCCAUGGCUGUAAAUACUACACUUCUAGUUCACUUGUUUGGUAAAAAAGGAAAAGAAACUUUGUGUUUUGAUGAUUUUUAUAGAUUCAUGGAUAAUCUUCAGACAGAAGUUUUAGAGUUAGAGUUCAUGGAAUUCUCUCAUGGAAUGCCAACAAUUUCAGAAGUGGACUUUGCCAGUAUAUUACUUCGAUACACUUAUGUUCACAGUGAUGAUUAUGAAGCAUACAUCCAACGAGUUCAAGAGCAGAUUCCCGAGGAAAAGGGAAUCACAUUUGAACAGUUCAAAGCAUUUUGUCAGUUUCUAAAUAACUUGGAUGAGUUUGCCAUAGCCAUGCGAAUGUUCACCUUUGCUAACCAACCAAUAUCACAAGAGGAGUUCCACCGAGCUGUGAAAAUCUGCACAGGUCAUAACCUUGACAAGAAUCUGGUCAACACAGUGUUUCAGGUUUUUGAUUCUGAUGGUGAUGGUCACUUGUCAUACAAAGAGUUCAUUGCUAUCAUGAGAGAUAGACUCCACCGUGGAUUUCGAUCACAUCUUGUGAAGAAUGAAGGAUGGGAAGCAUUUAAAACAUGUGUGAAAAAUGAAAUGAAAUCAUGAGUGAUGAAAACUUCAAUGAACAUCUUUCUUCCCAUUAUAGGAUAGUUUUAAAAACUGCAAAUCUUUUUGUUGUUGCUAUAGUUACAUAAAGCUUAAAUGGUCUUAUUUGCUUUAUAAAACUAUAAUACUUUUACUCUAACUUAUAGUUCUUUUGCAAACUGUUGUGUUGUUAGUUAAUGUUAUUUCUGAAAUCAAGAAAAUGUACUAUUAUCAGUACUCUGCAAAUCCAAAAUACUAACUUCC